AUGGCUGAGCCAAUGACCUUUGCUGCUCCCUACGGCCGUGCCGACGAGCGCAUGGCCGACAUGGUCACUCCCGACGGCCAUGGAUACGCCGAGCCCAUGUUCAACGAGCCGGUGAUGGAGCCGUGGAUGGACGGCGUCCUGGACGAGACGCUGAUGAUGGCCGCGCCCAGCUCGUGGGACAACUUUGACGCCCUCGACACGGCUGUCUCGCAGGCCACGGCUACUCCAAACGCCUUUGACUCCAUGCUCGCCGACUGCUCUCUCCCGGCUGACAGCCAGGCCAGCAGCAACGGUGACCUUACAGUCUCUCCGGAUAUGCUGAACAUCUCGUCGAACCUCGCUCUCCCCGACAGCGAGAUCUCGUCACUCUUGGGCACCGAAUUCAGCAACUCUUUCAGUACCUUCGACUCACCUACUACCAACAACACUUCUUUCUCGACUCAAACUACUCCGGAGUCCACUGCUGGAGACAACUGUGAACUCGUCUUUGAGCAAGUUGCAUCCGCCUUCAAGGAUCUCGCCCGUGCCAGAGCCGCUGCCGAUCCACGACCAAUCUCUCGCAAGCAGAAGCAGAGAGAUGCCUCCAUUGCUCUCUACCUGGAGCGUCUACGUGACACUUGCAAUGAGGCUGUUGCAGCCCUCAACUCGGGCGCCGAUAGUACAACCGCUAUGGGCCAUUCCGCUGCCUGGUUCAACUCUAACCAGGUAUCCAUGUCCUCCCAGCACAGCUCUUCUGGCACCAGCAGUUUCUCCACCAGCUCUCCCUCGGAGGGUUUCACGGAGUUCCACUCUCAAUCUCAAUCGACUCGCUCUUCUGUGCCAUCCCAGUCCCCCACCUUGGACCAGUCUCGACCUCAGUUCCAACAACCUUCUCCCCCAGCUCCACCCUCGGGAGGUAUUGAGCUCGUCAUGGACCUCAACAUGAACACUGCCACCUCUCUCCCACGGAAGCACCGCCCACGGACGGAAACCCAGCGCCAGCGAUACCUGGCCGUCCGCAACCAAGGGGCCUGCGAAAAGCACAAGAAGCAGCACAAGAGAUGCACUUGCAUUGACAAGGCAAUCCCACUUGUCUCUACCUGUACCGCCACCUCUACUGCCUCAUCCUCGCCCCAGGCUGGCGCUGGCGCCAGCACCGGCAUCGAUGCCACUAUCAGCGUCCUAUCGCAUACCAAGGGACGUCACUCUGUCCGCAAGACAUCACCGCUUCGGCGUGUUCCUGGCGUCCGUGGCGCCCGCGAUUCCCUCUCGCCAACGUCCGGAGAGGAUAACUGGUCAGGACUUGGCCAUGGCGGCGAAGUCCUGAUCAGAAACAACAGGCCAGAUGGCAUUGCGAAGGGCGAGGCCGGCAUGGACUGCAGCGCGUCAUACUUGCUGCAACGGCAAGGCAAACUCGAUCAAUGCCGCGACAGUGGCCAUGAUAUAGGCAACUCACACGAUAAGGGCGUAUCUCGCCACAGAGUGGCCUCGAGCGAGCGUGUCUCUACUUUGCCCACGAACACCGGCAACGUAGCAUGGUCAAUCACGCCGCAGGCAGUGUUGGACAGCAACAUCAACGUCCGCUCUCGUACUACUGGCGGCUGCGAGCCCGCACGCAACAGAGACGCAGGUGGCCAUGGCUACUACGCCCGUUGCGCCGACAGCAGUGUCUCCGCUACUAUGUGUCUCGGCAACCGAGACCAGGGCCGCCGUGCCAUCAGCACUGCCUCAUCGUUUGUGUUCCCUGAUGGAACUUGGCAAUGCCCGCACGGCCAGUUUGCCACGAGCAGCCAGAGCCACAGCGCCAAUAUAGGUGGUUCCAGCAACAUAGACGGUUCAAGACAAGCGCAGAUAUCGUCCUAUCUGCAUCUUCGUGACAAGAAGGAAGACAAACAGAAGCACACAUGCUUCCACACAUGGAGCAACGGAGAUUGCAACUCCUCAUCGUCGUCAGCUACAACAGGUGCAAAUGCUAGAGCACAUAACAUCAACAACAACUGUUGUACCAACGCAGCAGCCCACCUUCGGCGUACCACAGACCUUGUGUUCUCUACCAUCACCAACUCCCAGUCUCUGAAGAACCGCAGCGCCAUUCGCGACGAAUGUUGUGCCGGAUCAAUGUCCUCAGCCCUUCUUCAACCAUCAGCCUCUAAUAUAUCGUCUGCCUACGCCGGCCUACGAUGGUAUAUACAGGCCUACAUCAACGACAGCGUGCGUUCCAGCUUGAAACGUGCCACCCCCCACCAACUCGAAUUCGCCCUUUGGUGCUUCAUAUGGAUAAGUAUGCUAGUGCUAUCGGCAAUUUUCAAGGGUGCUUUGGCUUAA